AUGUGGGGACGAUGAUCGUGUACUACUCUGGCUGGCGGGAACUCCAGAGAAAAAAAAAUAAGGGUAGAGGUCUGCAGGUGGUGAAAGUCCUUUGGAAGUCCUUUGGAUGGAAAUCGAUGCUACUUGUUUGUAUUUUGGGUGUGUUUCCCUUUGCAGUUGCUCAAAAGGAUUAACAAUUAACAGCAAUUCUGCUGCCUUUAUGGGUAGCAGCAUGACCAGGUUAGUAUCCUGGGAAAACCGAGAGGGAAGACCGAGAGGAAAGAAUGCCGAUCUUGUACUCUUGUUGGCACAUACUACAGACAGCAGAGGUCUGUAGGAGGUGAAGUCCUUCGGGGGAUGGAAAUUGAUAAUGCUUGUUUUUUUCUUUGGGUGCACUUCGCCUGCAAUUAUUUGAAGAAUAGUAUUUGAAAAAUAGUGGAUGGCCGUGCGGGGCCUUGUAGGGGUUUGCAGAAUGACCCUUCGUCCCAGUGCAUUGCGAUGGCUGUGAACUAUUUGCUCUCUCUUUUGCCUUUCACUUCCAAGCUAUUCCAAACUAACCCCCACUUACAAAAAAAAAAAAAAAAAAAAAAAAAACGCUCCGGACUUCAGUGGUUGGUUGACCGUGCUCAUUUUUCUUUUUCGACAAGAAGCAAUUGGAUUCUUCAGGUUUCGUCGUCUCUUUCAAGUCGUUCCGCUCUCUGCAAGGUCAUGUACUUGCACUGAAGUGCCUGGGCGUUUCGUCUCAUGUGCGGGGUCUAGUGUGGUGAAUGAGAGAAUGCUCACACGUUGAUUCUAUUGAUUGUAUGUGGCCAGAGUGACGAGUAGGUCACGAUGUCCAUAGCCAAGGUGUCCUGAGUGCCAUCGCUUUGUCUGUAUCAGGAGACAAUGGCAACCAGUGUCUCAUGGACAGAGAAUCUCAGAGGGCGUAUGCUGCUCCCACGGGGACUCUGGUGAGUCUCUCUGGCCAGAAUGACGAGGUCCGGAAUAGGACUCUGGCGAGUAUCUCUGGCCAGAAUGACGAGGUCCGGGGUAGCAUUGUCUGUAUUGCCUGUCUGUCUGAUGCCGGAGCAGCUUGUCGUAGAAGUCAGUUACUCUCCUCGUGGCAUCCGUCACAUGCCUAUGCGGGAAAGGAUCAAGCAGGGUUUUGCGAGAUUACAAUGUGUCUACGCAUAUGGACCCGGGGUUUCUUCUUAUCAGCUCCUCCACGUGGGUAUAAAGUCUCCUUUCAAAAAUCGGAGUAAACUGUAAUCAAGGUGUUUUUGUGCU